GAAGCAGCAGAGAGGCGGGCAGGAGACGGCGGCGUUGGCGCUCGCGCAUUCCAGAAUCCGCCCAGACCCCCACCCAGAUGGGCUCCGGCCAAUUAGUUUGAGACAACGACCAAGGAUAAGAAAGGUGAUUUUAUAUAUAUUACGCUCCCUGUGAAAUAUACAAAGCUAUCGAGCGACAACGACGAGUUGGAAGUGCUGAGAUAGAAGGGAAGGAGGAACUUGCUUCGAACCAACUAUGUGGUACAAAAUAGACCCAGAUGAAUUUGAGUGCAAUUACACUCCCACAAGUUAUCCAAGGACUACUUAUCUCCUGUCCAAAACCCAGUGGGGAACAAGUCACAAGACCUGGAGGGAAUGCUGUAGCAAUGUCGACGACAGCCAUGCUGAAUUAAUCUUUAUGGAAAAUAGAAAAUGUAGCGAGAUCGUUAACCGACGGACAAAUACACCAUGUCAUAUCACUUGGUAUCUGUCUUGGACUCCGUGUGGUUUAUGUGCCAAGGAUAUAAUAAAUUUCUUGGAGGAAGAUCCAAAUGUUACGCUGGAGAUUCUAGCAGCGCGGGUGUAUAGGCCUUAUGACCAGCGUAAUCAGAAAGGCCUCAAGGACUUAGAACUCUACCUUGGAUCCAGAGUCCAGAUAUCUAUCAUGGAUCAGAAUGAUUAUCAAUACUGCUGGGGAACGUUUGUGGAUCACCAAGGGGAGCGCUAUUUUCCACCAGAUGCAGGGGACAUACAGUUUCAUUCCAGACGUCUUGACUCAAUGCUUUAUAACUUCUGAGUUGUCCCAGGUGCUCCAUAAGGUAUCUCGAACACAGGAAUGCCUAUCAGAAGACAUUCAGAAAAGCCUUAAGAUGCUUACCUGCCAUCUUUUGGCCUGAGCCAGCGGGAUUCCACAGAAACCCAGAAGAACCAACUAGAAAUAUGCAAAUCAGAAACUCCCAUCAUGGUUGCUUGUACACGUAAAAACGUUCUGGACAGUCACACUUUGCCACUGAUUAGUGACGUCCUUAUAUCCAGCAGAACCAGCUAUUAACUCUCUUGCCAAGUCUUAGUGUCUAUAUCUAUUUCAGGACCAAACUAGAUGCGAUUCCACUGACAUGCUGAUAUCACAUCAGUCCUUCUU